AAGAAGAAACAUACUAUAUAAAAAAAUUUUGAUAACUUUUGUAAUUCCGAGGUUUACCUAUAUAAAUUCCCAUCAGUUUUGAUGGAGACGUGAGCGCAUACGAAGCCAUGUCGUCUGAAGAGCUGGAUAAGGAAUAUUCACCAAGUUAUUGGUCGAAGAGGUUUAAAACGGGCGAGGAGGUCCUGCAAAAUCACUUCAAAAUUGUUGAAGAAGAAACGCAACGAAAUCUAAAAAGAUACAAUUGCAAAAGGAAUAUUCGAUAUGGGGACCGAGAAAUGGAGCGAAUGGAUAUAUAUUUCAAUACCGAGCAAGGAAGUCCUAUUGUAGUCUACAUUCAUGGAGGAUAUUGGCAGGAGUUGACCAAAGAUCAAUCUGCAUACUGUGUUUCGCCACUCAUAGAAAAUGGGGGCCGGGUAAUUGUGCUCGACUAUGACUUGUGUCCUAAUGUGAAGCUAGAAGAAAUUGUACAGCAGAUUCGGAAGGCCAUAAAGUUCGUUUUCAAGUAUGCAGAAAACUCUAACGCUCAAAGCGUUUCAAUUGUUGGACACUCCGCUGGAGCGCAUCUCGCGGCAUCGGUAUUGCAAGAGGAAGAAAUCCAGGACAUUUCCAACCUAGACAGACCAGUCUCGGUCUUCCUUAUUUCUGGAGUUUAUGACUUGACUGACUUGCGAAAAACAACUGUCAACCGCAACAAUUUGCUGUCAUUGGAUGACACAAAUGUGAAGAAGUGUUCGCCCAUAUUUCAUGAUUACGGACAUCUAAAGUCACUAAAUAUUAGGUUUUAUCUUUAUGUGGCCGAAAAUGAUAGCCGCGUUUUCAUUAAACAAUCGGAAAACUUUCAUAAUCAUCUUCUAAGCAGCGGUCUGCAAACUGAAUUGCGGAUAGUUCCUGUUUGUGAUCAUUUCGAUAUUGUCGAAAACUUGAGACACAGUGAUUUUGAGAUAAUUCGGAAAAUCAUUGAACAGGCAGUGGUUAUUUGAUAUCGAUAUCUUUGCUUUCGAUAUAAAAGAAAUAACUCUUAAUAUCUUA